UGGUUUUAAGGAACAGAGAAGAUAAGCAUUGAUAAACAGGCUGAAACCGCAAGCUGUGUCGGUGUGGUGAGUGCUAAAACUUAUAUCUAUUUGGACAUUGAACUAACAGUGUGUAGUCUUCACAACAUCGUUAAACGCGGUCAGCUAGCUACUUUUGGAAACGACAAGAAAACCAUACAAUGCCUUGGGAGAUUGUUUUUUCCUUUUCGACUUCGGCUCUUCUUGCUUCUCUUCCUUAUUUACCAACUGCGUGAGGACUCAAACAAGAAACUACGGCAUCGACAACUGUCACUAACCGUAGCUAGAUAGCUAGCUAUAACCUGAAUACUAGAGUUAAUUGACAAUGGCGGAUAGCGUAGGAGAAGGAGCUAAUGGUGUAAUUGGCUUAGGUGUUGGUAGCCAGGGCAAUGGAGCACCGUUGUUACCGAAUUUGGGUAAUUCUCUACCGGGGCACUCGACGAGUAACCCGGCCUCACCGCCUCCUGCAGCGGCCGCGGAGACUGGCCUAGCCGUCAUGGCCCCUGGGGCCACAAACACGGCCACCUCCACUGUGGGUGUUGGGAGCGGAUUUGUAAGUGGAGGUGUUCUAAGCACGCAAGUGCCAAUGGGCUCUACUUUACCAAUACUCCACAACUCGGCCAUCAAUGCUCUUCCAGGCGGUAUUGGUUUGGGGGUCGCGGGGGUGGCCGGAGCGGGCCUCCUGUCCCAGAUUCACGCUACGUCCUGGGACCCAACAUUAAGCACUGACUGGGACAACGAAAAGGCGUCUCAACAAUGUAUUCUCCGAAUCAAAAGAGAUAUCAUGUCUAUCUAUAAGGAACCUCCACCGGGCAUGUUUGUGGUUCCAGACCCUCACGACAUGACUAAGAUUCACGCUCUGAUCACAGGGCCUUUCGACACACCGUACGAGGGGGGCUUCUUCCUGUUCCUGUUCCGUUGCCCCCCGGACUACCCCAUCCACCCUCCAAGGGUCAAGCUCAUCACCACCGGCCACAACACUGUGCGCUUCAACCCAAACUUCUACCGCAACGGCAAAGUGUGUCUCAGUAUCCUCGGGACCUGGACUGGACCAGCGUGGAGCCCGGCCCAGAGCAUCUCCUCGGUUCUGAUCUCCAUUCAGUCACUGAUGACGGAGAACCCGUACCACAACGAGCCGGGCUUUGAACAGGAGAGACACCCCGGGGACAGCAAGAACUACAACGAGUGCAUCCGCCAUGAGACCAUCCGUGUGGCCGUGUGUGACAUGCUGGAUGGGAAAGUGGCCUGUCCUGAAGCCCUGUGGAGCGUAAUGGAGAAAUCAUUCCUGGAGUACUAUGACUUCUACGAAGGGGUCUGCAAAGAGAGACUCUACCAGCAGGGACAGAACAUGCAGGACCCGUUUGGGGAGAAGAGGGGGCGCUUCGACUACCAGGGCCUACUGGCACGCCUGGGGGCAAUUCAGAGGCGGAUACGAGAGAAGUGCCCGCCUGAGGACAACGAUGCCGACUCGGACUCUGACAGCAGCUCCUCGGGCACCGAUCCGGACAGCCAGGGCAGCGCCCAGCCUUAGGCAGCUGGUGGUGCCAGAAUGCCACCAUUAUUUCUGUGUCCUUUCAGAAAAUGCCAGAUGUUGGGGAGGGGAAAGGCCUGAUUUUGGGAAGCACUUAUAAUGCCAAGGCAUGGGAUAGAGCCUGUCUGUUUGGAUUAGUUAUUUUCUUUCCCUUCCAAUGACUGCCUUUUGAUAUAUAUUUUUUUCCAACUGAUACCGGUAAUCCAUGUGUUAACUUGGAUGGAGCUGGGAGUGUUUGGAAGCAGUUUGAAAUCCAUUUCUGACAACCUCUGCCUUUUGUUACCGUCUUUGUUUCCUUGGCCGUAUUGGAUUAAGUAGAGCUGACAUCUUAGACCAACCAUGCCAUUCACACACCGUCAAUACAAUCAUAAAAAUCCACUAAAUCGUAUCACUGAACUUUUACUGAUUUAUACAUACCUACUGCGCGUGUGCUCAAACACAAACUUUGCUGGCUAAAGGGUCCCUUUUUUAUAAAGGCUCAGUCUGAACAAGAUUACAGUUCUUAAUACAAUGAAGAAAACUCAUAAUUACCUGAAUUUAUUAUAAAUACCUAAAUACUAGUUUAGAUUAUGUCCAGUUGUGGUCAAAUAUUGGUUGCCUUACAAUUGACCGAUUUCUCCAUUCUGGCUAGUUUUGUGCUUAAGGCUGCAAGUCAUGACAAUUCAGAUAAAUUACGCAAAAUAAUAUCUUUACCAAACAAAUUAAUUGGAACCUGCAGUGAUUUAUUUCUGGAAUUGUUUAACUUUGAAGUGGAAAAUUUUUAUUCUGAUUGUUUGCAAAUGUCUAUCAAACCAAGCGAUUUAUUAUAUUGGCACUGUUGCACACCUCUGUACUUAUUGUAAGAAGUCCUGAGGUGUGCAAGAGUGCCGACAUUUUGCUGCUACUCUACAUACACAGACAAAUAACUAAAAGGCGACCAGAUUAAAUCCCCAGGAGAUAAAUUAGGGAAAUAAUUGUUUGGUCAUUGAGUAUGGCAGUUAUUCCUUAUUUGCUCAUCUCGAUAAUUGACACACAUGUUAGUUAUUGUAUUAUCAUCUAUCAAAAAUGUAUUUCUUGAGUGACACCUGAAGCAUUCUUUUAAAGAGUUUUUUUUCUGAAAGAAAAUUCUGUCUGAUGUUUGACGUCCGUAAUGAUCAGUGAGCUGUAUUGUUGUAGAUUCAACCCUCAUGCUUUUCCCCACUGAUACUAGUAUAAGAUUCUAAUCGCCAUUCACAACGUUAUUUUGUGGUGAUUAUAGAAAGCUGGAGCAGUGAAUGUGUCCCGUUCCACCGACGCCAGGUCGUCAUUGUGUUUUAUUAGGAGCAGUUCCCCAACUGCCUCCAGACUGUUUUGGCAACAUCAGCCCAUCCCCAACUGUGACACUGUUUCACCUGGCUUCAGUUUGUUGAAAGCAUUAUUUAUUUUUUUAGGAUUGUUACAAAACCACCUGAUAUUUUGAACUGUCACUGACUUCAAUGCUCAGAGUAUAUUUCAUUUAUGUUUCUUUGGAAACAAAGGUAUCAUCUGCAAUGGAUUUCUUUUGAUGGUUUCGUACAAUGAUUUCUUGUGCUAGUUUGUACAUUGGGUGCCAAAUCUCCUACCUUGGCUUACAUCAAUGUCCAGUGGGUCUCACAGGCUGAAACAUAAGAAACAAGUUAUAUUUACACCUAAGGUGGCAUUCAGAAUGACAUGUGGAUGUCAAUUGAUCAAAGGGGGUCGUCUUGGAAAAACCUCUUUGUGAUCCAUUAGAACAGAGGUCUUGUCCGUUCUCUCAGGGGACGAUCUCUUUUUCCAAAUGAAUAUGGACUUUUGGUGUCCCUUCUUGUCAACCCGGUGAGCCUGAUGAAAUGCUCAAGCACUACAGCUUUCACAAUUGUCCCUCUGCAAAGUGGCUCAAAGCGUCCUGCUUAAAGCAGCUUACUUCUAUGGGGGUCUUCCAUAGAGGCACUCAAGUCUUUCUGAUUGUAUCGACACUGCUUAAAAAUACUGCGUGCCAGACACCUUUACGUCACCAGGGAGUCCUUUAGUCCUGUCUUGCAAUGGCGUGUUGAGAACCAACAGAGAAUUAUAUCUGUGACUCCUGCCUUCGUUCCUUAAGGUUUUUGAAAUCUGCCCACUCAGGAUGUAGCACUGGCUUUGUAACAGCAUUUCUGGACCACAAACAUGUCUGCCCUGUCAUGGUAAUCAGGCCAAUUCCAGAACGGCACCAGAACCAGAGUGGACCACCAACAUACAUCUACCCUGUCAUAGUUAUCAGGCCAAUUCCAGAAUGGCACCAGUACCAGAGUGGACCACACCCUUAUGUGUUUCCAUUCCUGGAAAUGUUCUUCUAUGCAUUUCUUCUCUGCCCUUUCAGUCGAUAUAGACUGGGACUUCCUUGCACAGGAAAUAUCGCAUUUAAUAGGACUUUCUUGCCUGAGAAAUAAAAAUGGAUUUUAUAACUCUAGUGUUUGAAAUCAACCUGCUAAUGUUCUGUUUGAAGACAUUUUUCUUUUCAUCUAUGAAUCUCCUUCAAAUGGAAUGUUCAAAGCAGAUGUUCUUCUGACCAGCUCUACUGGAAAGGAGUGGGUGAGCUGUGACACGCCUGUAAAAUGACCAGUCUGUCUGAGGCCUUGUUCUGGUUUGGUGUGAAUCCUGUCACAUUCUGACAUGAUCUUCCCAGCGACUCUUUUACCCCAGCUCAGUGUAUUGGUGAAUCGCUUUCCGUAUGGCGUCUUCAGUUCAUUAUGGUAUGAUUUUGUAUAUAGGCUUCUCCAGGAAGCGAAGUAGAGAUGUCCACAGCAAGGUGAUGGCAAGGCCAAAAUAUAUAUGUUAAUCUGUAAGCCAUUUCAAUCAAAUGAACCAUAUUCAUAUUGCGCAACAAUGAGUUAGAUAUCUAGUAGUACAUUUCGACCAUAGAAAUAGGAUAUAUUGAAUGCUUAGUAACUUCCUGUGAUCUCUGUGAUCCUGACCUUCAGCCUCCUUUAUGUUUCUUGAAAUGGACAGCUACGGUACACUGCAGCCAGUUCCCCAAGAUUGACCCUGGCACUUUGAAUGGUGCAGAGAAACUGCUAGCGGACUGCGAUCGACGGGGCCCCUAAAGCUAGUUGUCACAUUGAACAGCUGCUACACCACAGUAGAAUUCCCACAGGUGCUCGUGGUAUUCUUAAUGGCCGUUCACCCUGUCAGUUGGAAGUGAGUGAUUUACAUGUUUGAGUUGACAGAAGAUGUGGGACCCAGUUUAGGCCUUGACUUGAUGUUUCAGGCCAAGGCAUUAGCCCCAAGACUUUGACUGCCAACUUUAUGCAAGACUUUUCAUCUGACUUCAUGUCUGUUUUCAUUUUAUUGUAGGCCUAUAUGUAAAAAUUAAAUAAAAAUAUAGACUAAUAAAAUA